AUGGGUGACUGCGGGCCAGCUGUCCCAUCCAUCCACACUCAACUUGCGGGGCAUCCUUCACUAUCUUCUGUGGACUCGGAUGAUAUCAACAUUCUGGUCACUGGGUUUGGUCCGUUCAAGACUAACCUCGUCAAUGCCUCGUACUUGAUCGCCUCAUCCCUUCCUCCUUCCUUCGCCUUUACUGUUCCACAAAGUUCAUCCGCGUCCCCAGAGGGACCCACUACGACUCAUCGAGUAUUCAUCCAUGUCCAUCCGAACCCUAUCCCCGUCGCUUAUUCGACGGUCCAAUCAACCGUCCCUUCCAUAGUCGAUGAUUAUGCCAAAACACACGGCGGUCGACGACCAGAUAUUGUCAUACACAUGGGCAUUGCAGCAACAAGACAAUACUAUUCCGUCGAGACAAGGGCACACCGAGACUCGUAUCUCAUGUCAGAUAUCGAAGGGCGCUCGGGUUACGAAGCUGGAGAGAAACGAUGGAGAGAGCUUGACCUGCCUCCUGUGCUGCAGGCGGGCAGAUCCGCCGAUCCCCUAUCUAUCUCGGACAUUGCAGAAAAAACACAUGAUCGAGAGGUAACUCCAUCGUCGCAAGCUGUACGGUCUUCCUGGAAUCCACAUCCACCGAACGACAAACUCCUCAAUGUAUGGAAGUCAUUUGCUCCGGGGCCCGACGUCCGGCUCUCAGAAGAUGCGGGACGUUAUCUCUGCGAAUUCAUCUUCUACACCAGUCUGGCGCAUGCCUUUAAACAGGGCCAGGACCGGAAUGUGGUGUUCUUGCAUGUCCCUGGUGGCUAUAAUGAUCAAGCUGUCCAGACCGGGCGAGAGGUUACCAUUGCAUUAAUCAAGGCUCUGAUCGCAUGCUGGGCGGACAGGAAGAUGUAA